GAGGGCCGGAGGCCCGCCGCGGCCGCGGCGGAGGACGUGCCGCCCGCGGGCGGGCUCCCGGCGCGGGGCGAGGCCCGGAGCGAGCCGAGGCGGGGCUCCGCCGCCUCGCUGUGCUCGGCGCCCGCGGCGCUGCCCGGGGAGCUGCGGCAGGGUCUGCUGCGGGCGGUCGUCGCCAACGACGACCACCUGGCGCGCCACCUGCUCGACCUGCGCGCCGACCCCAACGCCGCGGCGCCGCUGGAGGCGUCCGGCGCCGGGGACGCGGCCGAGGUGCAGCGCCUGCUGGACCAGCGCGCGGACCCUAGCGCCUCGCUGCCGCUGCACCUCGCCGUGAGGACAUCGGAGGGGAGCCGCAGCCUCGUGCGCACGCUGCUCCACGCGAGGGCGGACGUCGAGGGCGACAGCGGCCGCGGCGCCCUGUCCCUCGCUAUCGAGAAGGACAUCUACUAUCCGGUGGCGGACCUGGUGAGCACGCUUGUGGCCGGCGGCGCGAGCCUCGUGGACGCGAGCGGCCGCAAGCAGACCAUGCUGACGACCAACUCGGGCAGGCUCUUCGAGAGCCCCGUGGACCUGCUCUUCAGCAAGAACAACGCCGUCACCAUCGCCGCGGCGGCGGAGGGCCUGAAGGAGGCCCCAGAGCAGGUGAGGGCACUGAGCGACAGGCACUUGCUGAGCUUCCUCAACUGCUACGGCCUGGGCCCCGUCAACAUGUUCGAGGCCCUCUUCGCGCCCCGCACGGUGAGGUACUGGGGGCCUGGCCCCGACAGCGAGCCUCGGUAUUUCGAGGUGGACACCGCGUACGUCGACAUCAGCGGCUUCAACGUCGGGGAGGGCCCCGACAGCUCGCGCCUGGAGGAGAGCAGCUGA